GGAUCAGCAGUCGCACGUGGGCUGACCGGACGCGUUGCGCGCACAUUCGUUCACUGCGCUCGAGCGUCGAGGAAUGCGCGAGAGGAGAUGAAACUUUCCCUCGGAGGGACCGAGCGCCAGGAGAUUUUUCCAUCACAAGACCGAGAAUAUUGCUGCCAGACGUUUUGUAAAUGAAGAUAUCUGCCGUUAUACACCUGGUUGCUCUCGCGGCUUUACUUCGCGCCUCUUCUCACGUGUGUGCCAUUCCUCCAGAAUGUGACCUAAACUUCAUGCUACUCAGAGAGGAGGAAAACUGCUACAACCUCAUCUAUCAAGAGAACUUGACAGAGACUGGGUCCACACGCACAGGUUGCAGUGCUUUAUGGGAUGAUCUGAACUGUUGGCCUCAUGCUGAAGUGGGAGAGACUGUGUCUCGGCCGUGCCCCAAUUUCCUUCGGGUCAAAGGAGCUGUGAUGAAAAACUGCACUGAGAAUGGCUGGUCUGAAAUCUUUCCCUCAUACGAACUCGCCUGUGCCCAUGGGCUCAAUAACAGCUUUCAAAUUCCCAAUGACUUGGUGCUGGUCUCAUAUGAGUAUUUCUUUUAUGUGAAGAUCCUGUAUUCUGUGGGAUACGCCGUCUCUCUUGUCUCACUCAGCAUUGCCCUCACAGUGUUGUGUGUGUUCAGGAAGCUGCACUGCACUCGUAAUUUUAUCCACAUGCAGCUUUUUUUGUCCUUCAUCCUGAGAGCCAUCUUCAUCUUCAUCAGAGAUGCUGCGCUGCAUUACUCACAGGAGUAUUACCACUGCAACUCUCAUCCGCCUGGCUGCAAAGUGGCACUGUUCCUGUCUAAUUACUGCAUCCUGGCAAACUACAGCUGGCUGCUGGUGGAAGGACAUUAUCUUCACAGCCUCAUAAACCUUUCACUGCGUUCACAGAAGAAACGUCUGCACUGGUACAUCCUGCUUGGCUGGGGGAUCCCAAUGAUCAUUAUUAUCAGCUGGAGUUUGGCCAAAUACCUGCACCAGGAUGAAGGAUGCUGGGAGACGAGAGAUCAUGGCUGGAUAUGGUGGAUACUGCGAGUUCCAGUCAUCAUUUUUAUCACAGUAAACAUGCUGUUUUUUCUGAGUAUAAUACGGACAUUAGUGGCUAAACUGAAAGCUCCUGACAUGCAUGGAAAUGAAAUCAGUCAUCACAGGAAGCUGGCGAAAUCUACAUUUCUCUUAGUGUCGCUGUUUGGACUGCAGUAUGUGCUCUUUGCCUUUUUCCCUGAUAGAGUGAGCGUGCUAACCUUCAAAAUCUGGAAUGUUAUUGAGCUAGCAUUAGCAUCCACACAGGGCUUUAUUGUGGCACUGCUGUACUGUUUUUUGAAUGGAGAGGUACAAUAUGAAGUCCAAAGACGAUGGAGACGGUGGCGCCUGAAGCAGCAUUUCCAUGGUGAUCCCAGGGUGCAUCACAGCUCCCUGAGUAACAGUGGCCUGCCGCUGACACAGGUCUCACUGCUGACACGUCCCAGCACACAGACCACCUGACCUCAAGCACCCAACACCACCGGAGAUCACUCAUGCCACAAUCCAACAGCUAAAAUCAUAACACAUGCAUCCCCCAUUUACCCAAUCCCUCCGGCCAACUAAAACAACACACUCCAACAGAAAAGCUUCAUGGCCAUAACAAACUCUCACAUUCAACUACAUUUUGCAU